CCAGACGUCUGUCCAGGAGAGUUUGGUACAUCAGGGCAGUGAGUCGGGGGGGGGGGAAGCAAACCGCUACUACACGAGCAAGAAAGAGGAGAAGAGUGACAGCUAUUGGACAGAGGAAGAGAGAGAGGGAUAGCAGAACAGAGAGGGAGGAGGAAAGAGCGAGAGAGAUAAGAGUGUGACAAACAGGAGACAUUGAGAGGAAGCACAUGGUGUAAAAAUGCCCACCAGCUUCACUGUGGUCCCGGUGAAGGACAACACUAGAGGGGCAAAAGAAGGGAAUGAGGAGGAAGAUGUGGAUGACAACAACGUUCUAAAAGAGGAAGAUGAGGAAACCACAGGUGAUGGCGUUCCAAAGGAAAACAGCCCCUUUAUUAACAACACAGAGAACGACAAAGGCAACAGCUACGAUGGCACCAACAUGGCUCUCUUUGAGGAGGAAAUGGAGAGCAACCCCAUGGUGUCAUCUCUCCUCAACAAACUGGCAAACUACACCAAUCUCACCCAGGGGGCCCAGGAGCACGAGGAAGCUGAUGAAGAUGAGGGGUCCAAGAAGAAAACUGUUAAGAGCCCACAGAUGGGGACAUUCAUGGGUGUCUACCUCCCGUGCCUCCAGAACAUUCUGGGGGUCAUCCUGUUUCUGCGCCUUACCUGGAUUGUCGGCACCGCCGGCAUCUUGGAGUCCCUGGCUAUCGUCGUCUUGUGCUGCUCUUGCACCAUGCUGACGGCCAUAUCCAUGAGUGCAAUCGCUACUAAUGGCGUUGUGCCAGCGGGAGGUUCCUAUUAUAUGAUCUCCAGAUCUCUUGGUCCAGAGUUUGGAGGAGCUGUAGGUCUCUGUUUCUACCUGGGGACAACUUUUGCUGGCUCCAUGUACAUUCUUGGUACAAUAGAGAUUCUUCUGACCUACAUCGUGCCUAAAGCAGCCAUCUUUGUGGCAGAGAAAAAGGAGGACGAGCUGAAUGCCCUGCUGAAUAACAUGCGUGUGUAUGGCACGUGCUGCCUCGCACUGAUGUCUGUGGUCGUCUUUGUUGGAGUGAAAUAUGUGAACAAACUAGCCUUGGUCUUCCUGGCCUGUGUCAUUCUUUCUAUCUUUUCUAUCUACGCCGGAGUCAUCAAGACCAUCUUUGAGCCGCCUGACUUUCCUGUUUGCAUGUUGGGAAAUCGCACUCUGCAGAACCUCAACUUUGACAAGUGUCUUAAGACAGAUUUUCUAGACAACAUGACGGUCACCACCAAACUGUGGAAUCUAUUCUGUGACGGACCUGAGCUCAACGCCACCUGUAAUGAAUACUUCGACAACAACAAUGUGACCAUGGUGCAGGGCAUCCCUGGGCUGACCAGCGGAGUCAUUUCAGCAAACAUGUGGUCAGUGUACGGUCCUCUGGGUAUGAUGGUAGAAAACAGUGAGUUGUCGUCUCUUGGGGCAAGUGACUCUGCCCAAGACAUCUACAUGCCAUAUGUAAUCAAUGAUAUUACCACCUUCUUCACACUGCUGGUCGGCAUCUACUUCCCCUCUGUCACUGGUAUCAUGGCCGGUUCAAACCGCUCAGGGGACUUGAGGGAUGCCCAGAAGUCCAUACCCAUCGGCACCAUCCUGGCUAUUGCUACCACCUCCUUCAUCUACGUCACCUGUGUGAUUCUAUUUGGUGCCAGUAUUGAAGGCGUUCUGCUUCGAGACAAAUUUGGUGACUCUGUGAAAGGAAACCUUGUGAUAGGCACGUUAUCAUGGCCCUCACCUUGGGUUAUUGUGAUUGGCUCGUUCUUCUCCUGCUGUGGAGCAGGUUUACAGAGUUUGACUGGUGCCCCACGACUGCUGCAGGCCAUCGCACGGGAUGGCAUCGUACCUUUCUUACAGGUGUUUGGUCACGGUAAAGCUAAUGGAGAACCUACCUGGGCUCUGCUCCUGACUGGUGGGAUCUGUGAGAUUGGCAUCCUCAUCGCCUCACUGGACGCUGUGGCUCCUAUCCUCUCCAUGUUUUUCCUCAUGUGCUACCUGUUUGUCAACCUGGCCUGUGCCGUCCAGACACUACUGCGAACGCCCAACUGGAGACCACGCUUCAAAUACUACCACUGGGCUCUGUCUUUCCUGGGAAUGAGCUUGUGCCUUGCUCUCAUGUUCAUCUGCUCCUGGUAUUAUGCCAUUGUUGCCAUGGCCAUCGCUGGGUGCAUCUACAAAUACAUCGAAUACAGAGGGGCAGAGAAAGAAUGGGGUGACGGCAUCCGUGGUCUGUCUCUUAAUGCAGCGCGCUACGCCCUCAUCAGACUUGAGGAGGCUCCACCACACACAAAGAACUGGAGGCCUCAGGUGUUGGUGCUGCUGAACGUGGACUCUGAUCAAGCAGUCAAACACCCUCGCCUGCUCUCCCUGACCACUCAGCUGAAAGCAGGAAAAGGCCUGACGAUUGUGGGAAAUGUUUUAGAGGGAACGUAUCUCACUAAAGACGCAGAGGCCAAGAGGGCUGAGCAGAACAUAAAGUCCUCGAUGUCAGCAGAGCGGACCAAGGGUUUCUGUCAUGUCGUGGUGUCUUCAAACCUCAGAGAUGGCAUGUCCCACCUCAUCCAGUCUGCAGGGCUGGGAGGCAUGAAGCACAACACAGUCCUGAUGGCCUGGCCCGGGGCCUGGAGGCAGUCCAAUGACCCACAGUCAUGGAAGAACUUCAUAGAGACAGUGCGGGAGUCCACAGCCGCCCAUCAUGCCUUACUUGUGGCAAAGAAUGUGGACAGUUUCCCUACCAACCAGGACCGCCUGGGGGAGGGCACCAUUGAUGUGUGGUGGGUGGUCCAUGACGGAGGAAUGCUGAUGCUGCUGCCCUUCCUGCUGCGACAGCACAAGGUGUGGAGGAAAUGUAAGAUGCGCAUCUUCACUGUGGCCCAGAUGGAUGACAACAGCAUCCAAAUGAAGAAAGAUCUCCAGAUGUUCCUUUACCACCUGCGAUUGGAUGCAGAGGUGGAAGUGGUGGAGAUGCAUGAUAAUGACAUCUCAGCUUUUACGUAUGAGAAGACGCUGGUGAUGGAGCAGAGGUCUCAGAUGCUGAAGCAGAUGCAGCUGUCCAGGACUGAAAGGGAGAGAGAGGCCCAGCUCAUCCAUGACAGAAACACGGCAUCUCACGCCACGAUAAACGACAAGGCCGAAACAGGGCCCGAUCGGGUUCACAUGACCUGGACCAAGGACAAGCUGUUUGCAGAGCGCAAUCGCAAUCGCGAGUGCAACGCCAAUGUGGCCGUGCGUGACCUGUUCAACAUGAAACCAGAGUGGGAGAGUCUGAACCAGGCUAAUGUCCGUCGGAUGCACACGGCGGUCAAGCUGAACGGGGUGGUGGUCAACAAGUCGCAGGGAGCCCACAUGGUUCUGCUCAACAUGCCUGGACCACCCAGGAACAGAGGAGGAGACGAAAACUACAUGGAGUUCCUGGAAGUUCUCCUCGAGGGUCUGAACCGGGUCCUCCUGGUGCGAGGCGGUGGCCGUGAAGUCAUCACCAUCUACUCCUAGAAAUAAAAUAAAAAACACUCUCAAGCCCCACACUGCACACAGGGGCUGUUGCCAUGGAUACCGGCCACCGGAAAUUCUUGGGGGAAGAAUCCAAAUUGGGUUUUUAUGAAGGGCAGGGGUCGUUGGAAGGCUGGACAACUUUCUAUUGGCAGAUGGUCUGAAGGAACUGAAGGAUAAAGGAAACAGUUAGCUGGGAAUCAGCUGAUUGGCUGAGAGAGUAGUGUGAGUCCACACCGGGCCACAGACCACCUGCACAUGGAAGAUAAAGCAUAGAGACACUUUUAACUCUGAAAACGUUCUUUUCUGUUACAUUUUCAUAUUCUUUCCCUCUUUUGUUGUCCAGUUACUGGCACUCACUGUGUAAAAGAUAGGCAAAGAAGUGAACAUGUGCUGUUGAUAUGAACCUCGUAGUCUUUCGUGUUGUCUGGUGUACCUGACUGUGGGAGGUUCAGAGACGUGUGCUAAACCUGGGAGAAAACAAAACAUGAGAAAAGUUGUACAGUGGAUCUUUGAACUCUGCUCGGAAUAAGUAAAUCUGCAUAGAAAACAAUCCUUCAACUCCCUGCUGUGGAAAGCUGACUCAUAACAGCACAUUUUUUAUAUCAAAUACAGUUUGCUGAUCUGCGCGGUCAGCAGAUCAGCAGAUAGUAGCUUCUCAGAAACUCUCCCUCAGUCUGGACCUCAGUCUGUUUGGAAGCUGCUGGUUAAGUUGGAGCAGUGUAAGGUUGAAGACGCAGGGCGGCCUCACGGCUGGAGUCAGAACGUCUUCUCUAAAGCUGCAGUGUCGUUUACCUUGUGGAUGAUUUAGAGAAGGACCAGACAGAAUGAUGCUAAACACGGAUCACGAUCAGUUAGGUGGGUGCAAGGCUUUUAGAUAUCAGGUACUGCUACUCGUCAUUCACCACCCUCAAAGGAUGCUGUUAUUUCAAUAGGAAAAAUAGCCAUAGUUCAUAUUCAAUAAGUCUGUGAGCUUUAUAAUGCACAUGUAUAUUUAUGGUGUCUGAAGUCGGGCUCAGUUGGGAAUGACUAUAUAUAUUUUUGUAAUCUGAAGGGCUGUUUGACAGCACACAGUAGCUCAGUAAAUUGGUAGGUUCACAGGUUCACAGAUUCAAUCUCAAAUUUGCCUCCAGAAAUGUUGGCAUUGAAUUAAAAGCACAAAGGGACACGUGUGAAUUAGAGUAACGCUAAUUUCUUUUAACGUGGUUACAUCUCAUUUAAAACUAAGAGUGACGUAGUUACAGCACUGUUGAAUUUGCACUACCAACCUUUCAGCACUUGUCCUCUUCACUCGUAGCUUACAGUCUCACUUUUUAUUGGUUGAUGCGGCGCUAUACUUAGGGAAGGAAGUGUGGAGGAAGUCUGCGCUAUUUAAUGCUCAUGUUUCAAUGUUUUUAUAAUGUUUUACCAAACAGAAAUCUUAAAGUUUAGAGUCCCAGACUGAGCAGAUGAAAUGUUAUGAGCACAUGUAGGAGAAAAAGUGCCAAAAUGAAGGAAACUGUGGAAGUAUUACAAAUGCUUCACCUAGUCUGGACACACUGUAGCUACUGCUUCUCACACUGACACACUUUAAUCUUUGCAACCUCUGUAAUUAGAGCACAAUCAUUUAAAACGGAGCUCAUCAUUUCUACCAUUACAACUCCACCAAUAUACGAGUAAAACGCAGCAAAGCGUUCAACCUGCUGCAUGAAGAAACACUUUUAGUCCGAGGAAAACACAAUCAACCCUUUCACCAAAAUGUACCUCCACAGUUUCUUUUCAAAAACUAGCUGUGCAGUAUUUUGUAAAGCAGAAACUCAUAUUUCCCUGCAGCUCUUUGUGGGGGACGUGUGAACUUCUGACAUGUCAGUUAUGCAACACCUGUGUUUUGAUGUGUUUUAUUCAGUUGUUCGAUGUAUGCCUAUGUAACUAUAUAGUCCCUGUAGUGUUUGUUACAUUAUAACUGAUGAUCUGUUACUUUAAGUGUUAUUUUUUCUUCGCUGUGGUUUUUAUGGACGGAGGCAGAGAGGGAGGAGGCUUGUGUGGAGACAGCAGCACUUUGUGUGUUGUUGUUCCAACUCGGAGAAAGGAGACAGAAACACAUGGUGCACGACACACACGGCUGAAGACUACUUGUGAUGCUGUGGCACCCUGGACAUGAAAGUAUUAAAAAACAUGAGGGGGUCGACCAUGGUACAAAAAAAACGAGUGGUUUCAAUAACUAUCGCUCACAAUAUGAAGCUCAGUUUCUUUCCAUUUUAGCCAAAUACAUACUUGUGCAUAAAUAAAUCAAAAUUUGUAGUUUUAUUCUUUUUGAAACGUUGAAAAGAUAAAUUGUUAAACAAAAUUGUCUUGUUUUUAAUUUGGUUACUUAGCUAAAUAGCGGUAUCUGUACAUAAAAGAGACACUAAGACAUAAAACCUUAUACAGAAGAUGCUAAAAUGUUUGUGAAGGUAAAUAGAUUAGUCGGCUGAGUGUGAGUGUGUGCUUGUGUAUGUGUGUGUGUCACAGCUAAUGGUUGGGGUGACUGGAGAAUGUUAUCUACCUCAAGUUGUCGCAGCUGCUCGGCUCCAGACAGAAACUUGUUCAGUCACAUCUCGUAUACGGAUUCAGGAAAGGAAUAAUAAAGCCAGGGUCAGCAGAGUGUGUGUGUGUGUGUCUGCUUCUGUGAGUGUGUGUGGGAGUGUUCCUGUGAAUACCAUCGUGAGGUGAAGCUGUUGUGUGUGUGUGUGUGUGUGUGUGUUUCGGCUGUUGUCCGGUCACGCUUGCGGGCCUCACAGGCUUGAGCAGGAAGUCAGAUGUGGGCGCACAUAUAGAUGAAGGUAGCCCUGUUAAUUGUAUUCGUGCCUCUCUAAGUAAUUAUUAAAAGUGCUGAAAUAAACAAAACAUGCAUCUUU